UCCGUAGCUAAACAAAGAUGGCGUCCACCGAAGCUCAACCUCGGUUUGGUCAGUCUGUUAAAGGCUUAUUAUCGGAUAAAGUGGGUUCUUGCAGCGUGGACGUGAUUGCUCUGACGCGACAGGUGCUUAAAGUUUCCCGCAGCCAAGAACUUCUAGGCCAAGCGGCCAGAAACAUGGUCAUUCAGGAGGAUGCUAUCCUGCACUCUGAGGAUAGUCUAAGAAAAAUGUCCAUCAUCACUACGCAUUUACAAUACCAGCAGGAGGCCAUCCAGAAAAAUGUGGAGCAUUCGAAAAACCUGCAGGAUCAGCUGGCACAUCUGCUCAAGUGACAUCAUAUGAAAUUUUUUUGUCAUUCGAUAAAAGCAGCCAUAACAUGACUGCUUGCUGAAUAUAAGUACUGUAUAUUCCAAACAAUUGUUUUUCCUGUACAAAGAUUAUUUGGGGUGGGCACCUAACGACAGGAUUUGCGAUACAAGGCUCACGAUAACUGUGAUCUCAUGAUAUGUCGAUACAAAAAUUAUUGAUAUGUGGGUUAGGAAAUCAUUCUAUGAUAUUCCACAAACAAGCUAUUUUCCUUAUUUGCUAUGAAUUGGAAUGUGUUUAUCACUCGGAGGCGU